GUCAGGCUCUGUGUUGGUUGGAGCGAGCAUGUGGGUCUGCAGUACCCUGUGGCGGGUGCGAACCCCCGCCCGGCAGUGGCGGGGGCUGCUCCCAGCUUCUGGCUGUCACGGACCUGCCGCCUCCUCCUACUCCGCAUCCGCCGAGCCUGCCCGGGUCCGGGCGCUUGUCUAUGGGCACCACGGGGAUCCAGCCAAGGUCGUCGAAGGUAUAACCAGGGAAUUGUUUCAGAGGUUUCCUUGGAUAUUCCUACAACUGAUAACAGCUGUCAUUUCUUCAGCAUCUACUGUACUCAAGAACCUGGAGCUAGCUGCUGUGGGAGGAUCAGAUGUCCGUGUGAAGAUGCUGGCGGCCCCUAUCAAUCCAUCUGACAUAAAUAUGAUCCAAGGAAACUACAGACUCCUUCCUGAACUGCCUGCUGUUGGAGGGAACGAAGGUGUUGCACAGGUGGUAGCGGUGGGCAGCAAUGUGACCGGGCUGAAGCCAGGAGACUGGGUGAUUCCAGCAAAUGCUGGUUUAGGAACCUGGCGGACCGAGGCUGUGUUCAGCGAGGAAGCACUGAUCCAAGUUCCGAGUGACAUCCCUCUUCAGAGCGCUGCCACCCUGGGUGUCAAUCCCUGCACAGCCUACAGGAUGUUGAUGGACUUCGAGCAACUGCAGCCAGGGGAUUCUGUCAUCCAGAAUGCAUCCAACAGCGGAGUGGGGCAAGCGGUCAUCCAGAUCGCCGCAGCCCUGGGCCUAAGAACCAUCAAUGUGGUCCGAGACAGACCUGAUAUCCAGAAGCUGAGUGACAGACUGAAGAGUCUGGGGGCUGAGCAUGUCAUCACAGAAGAGGAGCUAAGAAGGCCCAAAAUGAAAAACUUCUUUAAGAUUAGGAAACUAAGACUCAGAAAAGAGGAAAUGCUUAACCAAAAUCAUAUAGUUUAUAAGGGCUCCAGAGAGUCAGAGCUGGCCUCAGUCUCUCCGAACUCAAAGCCUCUUAACCUUCCAGAACCUCCACCCCACAACAUGCCUAGACAUGCCCCAGCCACGGCUUGCUCUCAACUGUGUUGGUGGGAAAAGCUCCACAGAGCUGCUGCGGCAGUUAGCGCGUGGAGGAACCAUGGUAACCUAUGGGGGGAUGGCCAAGCAGCCCGUCGUAGCCUCUGUGAGCCCAGCAUGUCCUUCCUGUGUCUGCAGAGCCUGCUCAUUUUUAAGGAUCUCAAACUUCGAGGCUUUUGGUUGUCCCAGUGGAAGAAGGAUCACAGUCCAGACCAGUUCAAGGAGCUGAUCCUCACACUGUGCGAUCUCAUCCGCCGAGGCCAGCUCACAGCCCCUGCCUGCUCCCAGGUCCCGCUGCAGGACUACCAGUCUGCCUUGGAAGCCUCCAUGAAGCCCUUCAUAUCUUCAAAGCAGAUUCUCACCAUGUGAUCAUCCCAAAAGAGCUGGAGUGACAUGGGAGGGGAGGCGGAUCUGAGGGGCUGGGUGCAGGCCCCUCAGUUGGGGUUCCCACCUUCCCCAGACUACUGUUCUCCUCACUGCCUCUUCCUAUUAGGAGGAUGGUGAAGCCAGCCACGAUUUUCCCCAGGGCCAGCCUUAAGGUAUCUAAUAAAGUCUGAACUCUCCCUUCCAAAAA